GUCUUCUUCCGCUUUGCUUCAUCUGUCUUAGACAAUAACAUUGAAGAGAAAGCAUUGGUUUAUUUAUUCUUUUUGAGCCACGAUUGCUUGACAAUCCACUCGGUCCCUGGUUUCCCCUGACACCGAGACAGAGGUCCCACUUAGAAGCGGCAACGGCAGACUUUCGGUCUACACCACGCGCGACCUCUAACAUCUCCCUACACCGCGGUCAAUUCAUGCCCCCUGCGACCGGCACGCAGAUCGGCCUUUAAAAUCGAAAGCUCGCCGUUCGGCCCUACCCACCAGGGUCAUUAUCCACCCCUCUCCAAACCCGCCCACCCUUAUCCCAUCCUCAUGUCCGCAGCCGGGGGCUUGACUCGCCGACGAGGUGGCGGUCGAGCUGCUGGCCCAGAGGAACAAGAUGACAGCCGUGUGUCGUCGCCCGUGUCAAGGAACGGUUCUGCGAUGGAUAACCGCGGCCCGGAGACCUCGUUCACGGCCGGAGAGAAUGGGCACAAGAUCGCAUUCGACCCCCGCGACCUUAGCGAAACCGAAGAGCGGAGCAAGCAGCCCAAGCUGACUUUGAUGGAGGAGGUGCUAUUGUUAGGUCUGAAGGACAAGCAAGGCUACCUGUCCUUCUGGAACGAGAACAUUUCCUAUGCCUUGCGAGGGUGUAUCGUUAUCGAGCUCGCGCUCCGCGGCCGGAUUAGCAUGCAGAAGGAUUCCUCCCGGCGACGCUUUCCCCUGGCCGACCGCGUGAUCGAGGUCGUCGACGACACCCUGACCGGCGAAGUCUUGCUGGACGAGACGCUGAAGAUGAUGAAGUCGAGUGAGAAGAUGAGUGUGAACUCUUGGAUUGAUUUGCUGAGCGGUGAAACCUGGAAUUUGAUGAAGAUCGGAUACCAAUUGAAACAAGUGCGCGAGCGAUUGGCCAAGGGCCUUGUGGAUAAGGGUAUCCUGCGAACUGAGAAACGAAACUUCCUCCUUUUUGACAUGGCAACGCACCCCGUCGCCGAUGGUGGCGCUAAAGACGACCUCCACCGACGGGUUCGCAACAUCUGCAGCAACCGCACCGUGAUCAUUCCUUCUUCCCAAUGGCUACCCGAGGACUCUGAAUAUCGCUACCUUCGCACGGUCACAAUGGUCUGUGCUGCUUACGCGGCCAACGUGCUGGAGAAUGCUCUGGUCACUAUGAGCCAUGAGGCUCGGGAAAGAGCGUUUGCCCAGGUGGAUGAGCUGCUGGCCGAAUACUCGCAGUAUCCAUUUGCUCGCCGGCCUGGUGGUUCGCAGGCGAUUGGUGCCAACCUGGCACAGGCAAUCAAUGACGAAGUCAACAAGUCUCCAGACCGAGAACUCCAAUUGGAGAUCGUUGCCGCUUGCUUGAGCGUUUUCACCAGACUUGAUUCCUUACUCUAAGCGGAUGUACCGUGCUUGAUCCUAAUACAAUGUCUUUUUCUUCUUCAACUUCCGCCUUUUCUUCUCUAUUCGUCUCUUCGCGCUUUUCACCCGGUUCUUUUCUUCGUGGGUUGGGUUCCUUUCUUAUCUUCUUCACUCAUGUAGUUUGUCAUCAGGUUGGAAAUUGGCAAAGCGUCUGUGAUCUUAUACGACUCAAAAUUCAUUUCUUAUCUACCAUCACUUUAUGGCUUCGCGUGGCAUACCAUGAUACGUUCAGACCGGCUGGGCCGCUUGAUGCCCUCGGGUAUGAAGCUCAUAUUCAUAUAUGGACAUCCAUGGGUAGCUACGGGACAUGCUGAUUUGAAUGCGAUUCAAGGCUUUGCGAAACAAGCGCAGAUUUCAAUACCAAAAAGAAACUUC